AUGGAAAAGAAGCUUAAAAAGCUGCUUCAGAAUGCCACCAGAGUGGCACCCAAAAUCUCCAAAAAAGGUGAACUAUUUGAGCUCAGAAAUGGACUAGUAUCGCCAUACCCUCAAACUCGUAAAGAUGCCAUCAAGAAAACAAUACAACAGAUGACACUGGGAAAAGAUGUCUCUUCUCUGUUCCCAGACAUUCUUAAGAACAUUGCCGCGUCAGACGUGGAGCAGAAAAAGUUGGUAUACCUAUAUGUGAUGAACUACGCAGAAACACACCCGGAGCUUUGUAUCUUGGCAGUAAACACGUUUGUCAGUGACGCGCAAGACACCAACCCUUUGGUUCGUUGUAUGGCUAUCAGAACAAUGUCCAUGAUCAGAGUCGACAAGAUCCUCGAGUACGUGGAGAUUCCUCUGCGGAAAACGCUACAGGACGAAAACCCAUAUGUGCGUAAAACCGCAGUGAUAUGUGUCGCAAAGCUAUUUGCGCUAAACAAAGAGUUAUGCCAAGAGCUGGGCGUUCUGGAGGACCUCAUUUCCGCUUUGGAAGAUUCCAACCCGAUGGUUGUGGCCAACACCAUAGCAGCACUUUCGGACAUUUACGAGUCGGAUCCCACGGUCGUCCAGUUGCCGCUUCUCAUUCAAAAACACGUCUCUCAGUUUCUGCUUGCUCUGAACGAGUGCACAGAAUGGGCACGAAUUGUCAUACUGGGCGCGCUCGCGGAGUAUACUGCUCGCGACUCAAUCGAAGCCGAAGAAAUUAUAGAUAGAGUUACACCCCACUUGCAGCAUGUGAACGCAGCCGUCGUUUUGGCCUCGAUCAAGGUCUUGAUCAAGAAUUUACCCUUGAUCCAGGCAAAUGCCGAGUCUCCAAUAUUCUCCAAGAUCUCAUCUGCCCUGGUCUCUCUGAUGUCAACGCCGCCAGAAAUGCAGUAUGUUGCAUUGCGCAAUAUCCGAAUCAUUCUACAAAAAUAUCCACAACUUCUCACGCGAGAACUUCGUAUAUUCUACGUUAAGUUCAACGAUCCUUUGUAUGUUAAACUUGAAAAGAUUGACAUUCUGGUGAGGCUCGUGGACCCUUCAAAUCUCAAGCAAUGCACCCUUCUAGUUGCUGAAUUAAAAGAAUACGCCUUAGAAUUUGAGCCUGAAUUUGUCUCACGAGCGAUACUAGCGUUGUCUCAGCUGGCCGUUAAGUACUCAGAAACCAAGUUUGUUCGCAAAGUGCUGGACAUUAUUGUUGAGCUAUGCAAAACGCGAGACUCAUUCCAAGACGAUUGUCUCGUGGCGAUGUGUAACCUACUCAGACACACGGGCUCUGGAGAAGAAGACAUGGUCGCACAGGUGUGUUCGCUCGCACAAGCUUGGGGGUCGGUAGACUCUCUGCUACAGACCGACUAUGCCAAAUGCAACUACAUAUGGCUGCUGGGUCAGUUUCCCGCGCGUUUUAACAACAUUCAGCAAAAGAUUCAUAAUUUCUUGGAUUCUUUUACUCAAGAGGAGAGUUUGACACAGAUUUCUCUUCUGAUCACCGUUGUAAGAUUGCACACCAGCCUUCCUGGCUCGCUUCUACAGGAGUUGCUGAACCUGGCAACAACCAGCACGAACGAGGUGGACGUACGGGACAUGGCUAUUAUGUACUGGAGAUGCUUGUCAUUGGAGGGCUCGAACGACGAUCUUAUCAACCAGCUGUGCAACUCGUCACUUCCUGAGAUUGCCACCACCCUCGACACGUUCUCACCAGAGUUACUAGAGACGUUGCUGCGGGAACUGUCGCUGUUGAGCUCAGUUUACUACAAGCCCGUCGCCACAAUGACCAAGUUCAAUGCUAAUAGAAACGACAGCUUGAAGGGCAAGCACCUGGAUGAGUUGAAGUUCAUGGCCCGAGACGAGAUCAUAAAGAACAUGAAUGAGGACCACCUUCUAGACUUCGACGACGACUCGAACUCCGCGAUAAACGCCAGCGCUGCAAAUGGCUCCACUCUGAACGACCUGAACGACCUGUUCGACUUUACGCCGGCACAGCAGGCUUCACCCGAGCAGAGGCCAGUAGAGGAGUCUAUGCACAAGCUUUCGCUGCACAAAAACGAGCCGUCACAGGAGCACUCGAAGUCGAGCAACACGCAGGACCUGUUGGAUUUGUUUUAA